AUGAAAGACGCAUGUCCUGUGGUGGCCUGCAGCCAUCCAGCCAGAAGAAGAGAGCAGUGCUGUGAAAGGUGUGAUGCUUGCUUGUAUGAGAGAAAACUUGUGCGCAACGGGCAAAGGUUCACGGGUGUUGACAAAUGCAAGACCUGUGUUUGCAAGGUAAGGAACGGGCUUUAAUAAAUGAUAACAUAAAUUUUCUUAUUGUAUCACAAUCUUAGGGGCUUUAAUAAAUAAUAACAUAAAUUUUCUCAUUGUAUCACAAUCUUAGAUUAUGGAACUAAUUUAAUUGUUCAGAUCAUUGUUCUUGAAAUGUCUACUGGGCCUUGUACUUCUACAUCAGGGAUUUUCAGUUGAAUUCUAUUCAAAUAACUUCAUUUUCUGAGACUAAUCAGAGAGACAGCAUGCUGCUGAAAUAUAAAUAUGAUAAAACUUUUUAUGGUAGGAUGGAUCAGUACUUUGUGCUCAAAUUGAAUGUCCUGUGGUGAUGUGCAGCAAACCUACACGAAUGCCUGGACGUUGCUGUCCUGAAUGUGAAUCUGUUUGUGUUGUUGAAGGUACAGAGUAUAAAGAUGGAGAAGUAUUUCCUUUAACCCGAGAAGAGUGUACUACUUGCACUUGUGAGGUAAGUCUUUCUUUUUGUGUGGUCUGGAAGUUUAGAAGAAUUAUUAUCAUAAAAUAUCUAAAUAUAGUGAAACCUCGAAUAAUAAAAGCCCCUGUUAACUAAGAAAUAGGUUGACAAACCAGUUUUGUGAAAAAUUUUUGUCUCGGUUAACGAAUGAAACUUAGGGUUAUAUAUUCUUUUGUUAACUUUAUCUUACCAGCUAAGUAGUGCUUUGGUGAGUUUGAAGUUAACAUCGUAUUUCCAAAGUGCUCUGUUCAAAAACACAACUUUUUGUUAGUUUUGCACUUUUGUGUUAUUUUAGCCCUCAUUUCGGCCCCUAAAAGAAAAGUUUUAAUAAUAGGAAUCUUGUUGAUUUGGAAGUAAAGAAAUAAAUGAUACCAUAAUUAGAUAAUGUCCUUCUGGUUUCCAACAUCUCCAAGCAAUACAAUAUGGGGAUAUCAAAAUUCUGAAGAACAAAGAGAAAUUAAGGUCACUAAUGGGUGCCUUGGUAAUGAGCAAAGGUCUAAAGUGAUAGAGAAAGUAGAAAAACUGAUUUUAGUUGGGAUAUAUGAAAAGGAACUGAUUGAAGAUAGUUUUAUGGAGACAAUAAUUUGUCAGUUGCAGUGGUUUGUUGGCUAAAAACCAAUUACAGGUGUGAAAACUGAAGACCUUUAGGCCAUUGAAGGGUGGUUGGAUUUUAUUUCAGAAUGAUACCUAAAAAUAUAAAAAUACAUAAUUUAUAAGUCUGAAACAGAUAAAUUGAAUUUACCUUUUAAUUUGAAAUGUUAUUUCAAUUGGCAAACAUUUUUAUUUAAAAACUAAGUCUCGGAACAAAAUAAUGUCCUCAUCCAAGGACCCAUUAUAUUUCUUUGCACAUAUUUUGUUUUUAAAAUGACCAAACCACUUCUUUCAUAAAUAAAACUCUUAUUCAAGAAAAAAUACUCUCCACACAAAGUUUAUGCUUAACAGUGAGAAAAAAAAUCCUUUUUUUAAAAAAAACUGGAGAAAUAUGAACCUAAUUUUAAUCAUAUCUGACCAGACAUUACACUAAUGAUUAACAUAUCAUUUAAUCUUUAAAUGUAUCAGGUGGAUUAGUAUUCAUCCUCUGUUAGUUAAAUGUAAUUCAUUUUGUUAUUUCUUCUCAUCUUUGUUUUCGUUAUUGUCUUGAGCCCAUUCUAUUUCUUUUCUUUCAUUUUUUAUGUAUAGGUAGGAAAUACAUAUGUUAUAUUAUGGAAAUUUUUUUUAUAUAUAUUAAUGUUUUCUGUUGUACUGAUGAAGUCAUGAGCCGAAUGUUUGAAUUUGUAUUGUGUCUAAUAAUAAUUAAAGCUAAAAAUUUAUUGUUUCACUUACACAAAGCUUUUGUAUCAUUAAUCUUUUUUGUGAAGUUGAGCUUGCCUGUAUUUCACAUUAAUUUACACAAAGUUUUUAAUCAGAGCAGUGAAGUCAAGUGCAAGACAGUUGAGUGUGAGUCCCCAGACUGCAGCCACCCAGCAACUCUCAGAGGUGAAUGCUGCCCCAAGUGUAACUUCUGCCUGUUUGAGCAGCGAAUCUUUAGGAAUCAGCAGAGAUUUUUUCACCCCAGGGAUCUGUGUCAACAGUGUUCUUGUGAUGUAUAUUCAUCUUAGUGCAUUUACACAUAAAGAGCCUGUUAACAAUUCAUUUACCUAAAUUUUAUCAAGAUCUUUAGUUUCUUUAAUCUGAAAAUAAGCAAUCUGUUGGAUUGAGAUAAGAUGAAAACGAAUUUUUGACUUGAUUAUUGUAAAAUUUAUUCUUUUUUUUUCCCCCACCUAGUAAUUCAAAUUUUUAUAAUUUUAUGUUGUGCAAAUGUUUAUUUUAAAUUAAUAACCACAAGCAGUUUAUAAUCAUACUCAUGAUGUGAGAUCAACAAUGACAUUAUGAUACAGAUUUUAAUGGCUUAAGGUAGAACACCACGUUGGGACCCUAAAAUUGAAGAUCCUUUAUAAAAAAUUAAUUUUAAUUACAUAGAUGGAUUCUAGGGGGUAAAUAAAUAGUAUCUGAGAUGAAAUUAGAAAUUUUAUGCUAGUUAGGUUCCUAAUAUAGCUGCCGUUUUACUAAAUUUAGCCUUUUUUUUUUCCAACAUUGUUGACUCAUCAGCCAGUGGACUUUUAGCCUUAAUUUUUGGUACAAGUGUUCAUUAGAAUUGUUGGAUUUUAAUAAAUAUUAUUUUGUUCUUUGUAUUUUUUUUCUUUUUCAUUAUUUCUAAGUGAAAAUCCUGUUGAAACAGCAAGGUGUUAACAUUUUUAAAAAAAAUGGAUUACCCAAAUCAUAAAAAUAUGUAGGCCUAACUGCUUCUUCAUAAUUUCAUUUUUUGAUAUCAAACUUAUUUCUAUCAGUGACCAACUUGUUCAGUCGUUCAAUACUGUUUCUGUGGAAACAUUUCUGCCAGAUCCUCAAUUAACUGGCUUGAUGAAGUGAAUCACUGCUUCGGGAUUAACCUUACUCUGUUUAUAGUUAUUAGAACCUACCUAAUACAUUCACCAUUGGUUGCUUAAGCAGAAAUUAUGAUUUGGUAUUUUCUUAUUUGGCAGAAUGACACAAUAUGUCUAUAUUAUUAUCAAUAAAGGAUAGUUUUUUUUUAAUCACCAAAACAAGCCAUUGAUUUGUCAUGAUUAUUGACACAGAAACUUUUGUUUUAUUGGUCUACUAAGUUCCUUUUUUUUCCCUCAUGUCUGUAAGGAGCUAGGAGUUGCUAGAUUUAACUUUCUACUUAUUCACAUAAUAUAAAUCAAUCAAAUAAAGUUAACCAGACCUGAGAAUUAGAGAGAAAAAAACAACAUGCCAUUUUUAAGUUACUUGCACUGUUCUUACUUUUUAUGUUAGAUAACCAAAUAAUUAAGGGGAUUCCCCCCCCCCCCCCCCCCCCCCCCCCCAUUGCUGCUCCAAAUGGCUUCCUGGAUGUUUAAGAUUAUAAUUUAAACUAAUUUUUUGUAAAGCAUAUUAUUAUAUCGUUGUUUUAGCAUCGUAGUAACCAAGUGUUAACAAUAGUUGUUGGGCAAAAUUUAAAGAAGGCUGGGUACAUAAACAUGCAAAACAUUUUUAAAAAAUUAUUGCAUUUCAAUGUUAAAUAAAAAGUUAGAUUGGUAGUAAAAUGCAUGUAGUUUACAAAUAUUCACUUAAUUAAAUAAGAUAAGUUUCAUAAUUUUCCAACAGAUAUUUAGAGAUUUCCUACCUUAAUAUAUUAUCCACAAUGGUUAGUUAAUGAAUAAAUAUAUUUCAGUGCCUGACAUCAUUGACUGAUCUUUCUUAAUUUUGUGUUAAAUUUUAUGGGUAUUAUUUAAUCCAAUUUUUUUUAUAUUCUUAUCCAGUUCGGCACGGUCACUUGUCUGAAAAGCAUAUGUGAAAGUUUGACCUGCCCCAAUCCAGUACGAGAGCCA